CUUUUCCUUUCGUUUCGCCAAAGCAUUUCAUAUUCGCUUGUCCUCCACUUGUGUCUCUCUCUCCCUCCCUUCUUAUACCACGGCCGACAUGCCAUUCUCCGAGAACGGGAGCGGAGGCCGGCCGCCGGUGUGUCAUGCUGUGAGUGACCAAGUGAUUGCCAACGUGCGCAACAAAUACAAUGCCGCCCGCUGUACUUCGAGCGGCAGCAGUUCCGUCUCCGGCUGCUGCCCGUGGGCUCGUUUUUGCACUCGCGGUUGUGCUCGCCGUGGUGAGUGCCUCCGACGAACGGACCAACGGUGGCAAUGCGCCGUCGUUGAGGGCCGGUGAGGAGGGCAGGGAGUUAGCUGCCCGCGAUCAUGUUCCGGCGUCGAGGGUGUCGGUGGUAGGUUGCGUGUGCGUGCCGUCCACGGUGUCACUGGAAGGCUGCGCGUGCCCGCCAACACCGCCACCGCCACCUCCCGCAUGCCCGCCACCGCCUUCACCUCCACCACCGGCGUGCCCGCCGCCGCCUCCACCGCCACCUCCCGUGUGCCCUCCACCUCCACCGCCGGCCUGUCCGCCCUCGCCACCGCCGGAGCCGACGCCGUGGGAUUUCGAAAACGAGAAGUUGAAGCUGCUGUACCCGGUGAUCCAGGCGUUCAAGCGGACCAUCACGAGCGACCCACUCAACGUGACGGCGACAUGGGUGGGCACCAAGAUCUGCGACAGCUCCAAGGGCGGCAGCGCGUACAAGGGCUUCUACUGCGACACGCCGCCGGACGACGCCAACAAGACGCUCACCGUGGCGUCCAUCGACUUCAACGGCUUCCACCUCUGCGCGCCCACGCUCGCCGGAUUCAUCGACGCCUUUCCGGACCUGGCGCUCUUCCACGCCAACUCCAACAACUUCUCCGGCGUGCUCCCGGAGCUCACCUCCCUGCGCUACUUCUACGAGCUCGACCUCUCCAACAACGCCUUCUCCGGCGCCUUCCCGGCCGCCGUGCCGCCCCUCGGCCGCCUCGCCUUCCUCGAUCUCCGCUUCAACGGCUUCGCCGGCGAGGUGCCGCCCUCCGUCUUCGGCAUCUCCGUCGAGGCGCUCUUCCUCAACAACAACGGCUUCACCGGCGUCAUCCCGGAGAGCACCUUCGGCACCAGCAGGGCCGAGUACAUCGUCGUCGCCAACAACCGCUUCACCGGCCCCAUCCCGCGCACCAUCUUCAACGCCUCCGGCACGCUCUCCGAGAUCCUCUUCCUCAACAACGACCUCUCCGGCUGCCUCCCCUACGAGAUCGGGCUGGUGGAGGGGCUCACUGUGUUCGACGCCGGCGGCAACGAGAUCCGCGGCCCCAUCCCGCUCUCCUUCGGCUGCCUCGCCGACGUCGAGGAGCUCAACCUCGCCGGGAACCAGCUCUACGGCCACGUCCCCGACGUGCUCUGCCUCCUCGCCAAGACCGGCAAGCUCACCAACCUCUCGCUCUCCGACAACUACUUCCACUCCGUGGGGUACCACUGCAUGGAGCUGGUGAGGAGCCGGGUGCUCGACGUCCGGCGCAACUGCAUCCUCGGCUUCCCCGGCCAGCGCCCGCACAUCGAGUGCGCCAUGUUCUACGCCGACCCCACCAAGCACUGCCCGUUCAUCCCGCACAUCCCCUGCGACCUCCCGGGGUUCAAGCCGAAGACGACGGCCGCCACCGCCGCAUUGCCGGUGGGGGAGAGUGCGGCGCAUGGCUACGGCGCGGACGGGAGUGUGGCCGUGGGAACUGACGUCGGGAUAGGUGGUUAGGUGAGACGGACAGCAAGAAAGGUGACAGAUAUGAAUCGUUUGGUCGUCAUAUGAAUUUUUUAAGUGUUGUAUAGCAUGUCGAACUGAUCGCAUGAAGCAUGAUUGUGUUGUGUUACCGGCAAAUAAGUUCAACUCUUACUGCUUCCUCCAUUCCACGAUAUAAGGUGUAUCAAUUUUUGUGCAAGUCAAACAUGUGUAUGUUUGACCAAAAAUAUAGAAUAAAAUAUGCAAAAUAUAUAUAAUAUGAAAAAUACACUUCCUAGUGCAUCCAAUGAUA